AUGGCCAAUGUUGCAGCUGGGCAGUCUUUGAACGCCAGCAGUGGCUUUAUUGGCAAGGGCAUCACCAUGUUCCACCCGACUUGCGCCUCGGCAUGCAGAGACACCCUCGCUCCGUACCGCUUGAGCUGCUCAACUGUUCAUAACACGCAAAGCAGCUUGGAUCAUGACAUGGAAGCUCGCCACAUCACUGCCAACAAAAGAUCGCUACCCGCAGUCAACGGCUCAGUCACGUUCGAGACAUCCCCCGGCUGCUAUGCGGGCGACAUGGCAUACCUCCAGAGUGUGGCAUACUGCAUCAGCACGCGCUGCAGUCACGACAGCAGUAUCAGUCGUGGAACGCUCGAGGACUGGUGGGCAACAUACCUCAUUGGCAGCGAUCCAACACUGCCAAAGCCCGUCGUGCCAUACCGUGAAGCUUUGUCACACACUGCUGCCGCCUCUCAGUGGUCUGUGAUUGGCGACAAUGAGGUGCUCAACACGCCGUCUCUAUCGAGGGAUGCUGUAUACCUCGCCAACUACAACGCAAAGUAUUUCUUUGAAUUGUCUGAGGAGCGCCAUGUGGAUUACGGGCUGAUUCUGUUCAUCUCUGGCCUUGUCGUCCCCAUCUUCACAUCCUGGCUGCGCUUCCUUCCGUUUCCGCAUAGACUCACAACUCGCCUCCGCGCCAUCGUCGUCGACCCGCCACUCAUCGGCCGCCGCCACCGCGAGCCUGUUGGCCACGCAUUCCUGAUGCCGACCCGCGGCCAAGCAAUAUUUAUUCUAUACCUCUUCGCCAUCAAUAUCACCCUCUGCUCGUUCGGCUACACCACCACUCCCGCGACGGCCGGCAGCACAAACGCAUGGUUUCCAAAGCCCACGACGGAACUGCUGGCCUACAUCUCCAACCGCACCGGCAUCCUCUGCUUCGCCAACCUGCCAUUGCUCAUCGUCUACUCGGCCCGCAAUAACCCGCUCCUGCUCUUCCUCACCGACUGGUCGCACUCGACCUUCCUUCUCAUGCACCGGUACAUCGCCGCCAUCGCGACCGUCCAGGCCGCCGUGCACGCAGGGAUAUACUUCUACCAGAACCUCUCCUCGGGGGCGUUCCUCGCGGUCACCACCGCCAGGUUCUGGAUCUGGGGCAUCGUGUGCAUCGGCGCCAUGGUGGUGCUGCUGCUCCCCGCGAGCAUCUUGCCCCUGCGCAGGAGGUGCUACGAGGUGUUCCUCGCGCUGCAUGUCGUGCUCGCGGUGCUGGUGCUCGUGGCCGGGUAUUUGCAUGUCUGGUACCGGUUCGACGGGCGGUGGGGGUACGAGAACUGGCUUUUGUACUUGGCCGUGCCAAUCUGGGGUGCCGAGAGGGUGCUGCGGAUCCUCAGGCUUGCCAGGUUUGGCAUCCGCCGUGCGACUGUCACCCUCAUUGUCGACGAUGAUGGUGGGGGUCGCAGUGACACAAGUGAGUAUGUGCGGGUUGAUGUCCCUGGGGUCGUGGUCAAGGGGUAUGCGUAUCUGUAUUUCCCAACGCUGAGCUGGCGAUUGUGGGAGAAUCAUCCGUUCUCCGUUGCUGGCAAUAUGUUACCGGUUGAAGAGCCGUACGACGGCGUCGACCUCCAAUCGUACAAGCUGGAGAGGAGGGAGCCGAAGACAUCCAGCAGCGAUCACAGCACCAGAAACGGAAGCCUUGCUGAGCCAGAUGGAUCUUCCAUCGAAAGUACGAGUAACGUGUUUUAUCAGCGCGGCUCUACUUUCUUCGUACGUGCCUCGGGCGGCAUGACGUCUCGGCUACGUCAGCUGGCAAUCAGGAACGGCGGUACAGCUACGCUAUCAGUUCUGGUCGAGGGCUCCUAUGUCCCACAAUCACAUGGGGGAGUGGCGAAGGCGCCGAAUCUAGUGGUCAUCGCUGGUGGCGUGGGAAUCACGGCCGUGGCGCCUUUGGUCCGGGCCAGAGUCGCUGGUGGGAGUCUUGGUGGGCGUACAAGGCUGUACUGGGGCCUGCGAAGCCACGGGCUGGCGAGGACCGCGAAGGAGGCGUUCGGUCAGGAGAUGUUUGCUCAUGGGAUACUAGGGGGCAUGAUUGUAGCAGGAGAUGGGGGAGGGGAUGGUAGGCUGGAUAUCCGGAGCAUCCUGGACAAAGAGGUACCGAAUACGGGGCACGAGACAGCAGUCGUCGUGUGCGGCCCUGAGAGGAUGGCGGACGAGGUGCGCCAAGCCGUAGCCGAGCUGGCAAGAGAUGGCCGACAGGUGAAGCUGGUGGAUGAGGCUUUUUCGUGGUAG